GCACCGCUCGUCUAUUGGAGCAGACGCGCAGUGGGCGCAUGUAAGACGCGCCUACCAAGGCUUAAAGACUUUUUUUUUUUCUGGGACAGGAGACAUGAGGUUUGCAGACACCUGUCAGGAGGACUACACAUCUAACAAAAGCUGAAUGUGAGGCAACAGGAGUCUGACCAUGGGCGCGCUGAUGUCGUUAUUAUAGUCGCUGGGUGAAGUUAUUCUCCUCCUUCUUGUUUUUCUUCCUGGUUUUUUUUUUUUUUUUUUUUUUUUGGGGCUUUUUUUUUUUUUUUUUUUUUUUGGAGACGCAUGAGUUCACCGCUGUUUUUAGGUCAGCUGGUCGGGGUUCCGUUAGAAAUAAUGCACCCCACCAUGGAGAAAGACACGACUUACACCAAGAUCUUUGUCGGAGGUUUGCCGUAUCACACCAACGACGCUUCACUUCGGAAAUAUUUCGAGACUUUCGGGGACAUCGACGAGGCGGUGGUGAUCACAGACAAACAGACGGGCAAGUCCAGAGGAUACGGCUUUGUGACCAUGGUGGAGAGGGGGGCAGCGGAGCGAGCGUGCAAAGAUGCAAACCCCAUCAUUGACGGAAGGAAGGCCAAUGUGAAUCUGGCGUACCUGGGAGCAAAGCCUCGCAGCUUGAGUAACACAAGUCUCUCUGUUGGAGUUCAGCAAGUCCAUCCUACGUGGGCUCAGAGGCAGUAUGGGCUCACCCAGCAGUAUGUCUACCCCCAGGCGUUCCUGCAGCCCAGCCUGGUACUUCAGUCCCAGCUCAGCCCUACAGCAGCAGCACUCGCCUCCCCUUACCUGGACUACAGCUCUGCCUACAGCCACUACGCCCCUACAGGACUGGAGCAGUACCCUUACACCCCUUCACCAUCACCCUCCACUGGCUACCUCAGCUACAGCUUCUCGCCCGGCACUCCUGCGCCCGCUCUCACCGCAUCCCCGACCCCUCCGGCCGCCAUCCAUCCUCCUCUGGCUGCACUCGCCACUAUGUCUGCCGCCCCGCAGGCCUUCCUUCACUACCCUCUGCACCAGCCCGACCGCAUGCAGUAAGCGGCUCACAAGUGGAGCGAGAGCCGCCGAACUGAUGAUUCAAAACAGCGUGACUGUUGACCUGUGACCUGAUCAUCAGGAUGAGACUGGACAACCAGGAAGAGAGUGUGAUGUAAUCAAAAGGGCUUUUGGACAGCACUCUCAUUCCCAUUUUUUAUAUAUAUAUAUAUUAUUGUUGUAAUAGUUAAUGAUCUAUUGCUACCGUCAUCAGCAUACGAUCUGAAUGUUUUUCAUAAAAAGUGACUGAGACGACUGGUAAUCGCCUGGACACUUCUCUCUCUUUACCCCUGACCCUCAGUGCUGAGGGUGGUGGCAUGGCCGACUACUGGAGAUUGAAUGGACAAUGGGAAAAUACAUCUGUUUGACGAUUGAUGAUGCUGCGGCUGCAGUUCCUCCAAAGGUACUGAGAUGAAUGCUGGAUUUUAGCCAAGCCGAGUGCCAGUUUCUCUUUCAGAAACGCAGGUCCAGUUACCUCCUCCUCAAGGUUACCUUUCUGUCUAUGGCCUAAGAGAGCGCUCUCUUUCUGUUACCAGGUUCAUUUUGUGUAUGCCAUUUUUAUUAGCCUCUCAUCUGAAAUGAACAAAAUGUUUAUUGUGUUCCCUUUUGUUCCUUUUAUCAACCGCUGUAUUACACAGUGAUAAUCACAGUUUAACAGAAUAUGCAAUUAGGAUGAGCAUGAGCAAGGUAGACAACACUGGUAUUUUGUUUUGUUUUUAUCACUACAGCUAGAAAAUUACCCACAGAAAGACGUUUGUUAACACUUAAAAAUCAAAAAUCAUCACAUGAAAUUCCUGGAUGCUUGUUAGACUAUUUUUGACCUGUAACUUAUCUGGAUUUGGAAUUUUAUAAUACUUAAACUACAACGUUGUCAAUACAUAUCAAGUAAAUGUGUUUGGAUGUAGAUGUAUGUUGUUACUGAAUAUGUGCGAGUGUAUUUGUGUCUGUUUCUGUGUGUGUGUGAGAGAGAGAUAAAUAGGGAGAUGCAGUAUAUGCCGGUGUCAGGACCGAGCUCCUUUUCCAGCCCAUUGUACUGGUCAGAGUUGUUUCUUUGUUUUGUUUUUUCACAGCUGCAGAAAACAGGCAGAUGGUACUGGAGUCUCACAGAGCUGUAGCUCCACCUUAGUAGUCAUAAACCAAGCCAUACAUCACAUUUAAAACAAAUAUGCAAAAUAAAGUUAAUAUUUCUAAGA